CUCGAGCUGGGAAUUUGUACAAACAAAUUCGCAACUCCAUUAAAUGUGCUUAACUAAGUGGCCGUGGAGACUUGUUGGUAUUGAACAGUCCACAGAGGCUGGGGAGUCGUAAGUUAGUGCGUGGUUUCCAAUAUUGACAGUACACACCGCCAGCGUCAGCAAAAAGUUUCAUAUCUUCGUAUCAGCUGCGAAGACAAAGCAGUGCCACAAAAAGUCGCACGUAGGUAGCUGUUCGUUCUGUUGCUAUGGCCAGUCCCAGGACGCGACGAGUGCUCCAAGAGCUGAAGCCACAAGAUGAUAAUUCGAAAUGCUUCGAGUGCGGCACACACAAUCCCCAGUGGGUGUCGGUCACCUACGGAAUUUGGAUAUGUCUGGAGUGCUCCGGGAAGCAUCGCAGCCUGGGCGUCCAUCUGUCCUUCGUGCGCUCCGUGACGAUGGACAAAUGGAAAGACAUUGAGCUGGAGAAGAUGAAGGCGGGUGGCAACCGCAAUGCUCGCGAGUUCCUGGAGGAUCAGGCCGACUGGAGCGAACGGGCGCCCAUAACGCAGCGCUACAACUCCAAGGCAGCGGCUCUGUAUCGCGACAAGAUCGCGGCACUGGCCCAAGGUAAAAGCUGGAACCAAAAAGAUGCCGAAACGCGGCUGGGCAGCAACAAUAGCCAGAGCAGGAAUAGUGGCAACAGAAGCUCGCAGUCACAUGCCAGCGCAACAGGUUACGGCGGCUCCGAUGGCUAUCAGAACGGAGGCGGCAGCUAUGGUGACGCCCCAGGCUAUCAGCAAUACCAGACACAGGAAUUUCGGGAUCAGAAGGAGGAGUUUUUCAGCAAACGCCAAGUUGAGAACGCUUCGCGACCAGAGAACUUGCCACCGAGCCAGGGCGGAAAGUAUGCCGGGUUUGGGUUCACACGUGAGCCUCCGCCAAAAACGCAAUCUCAGGAGCUUAUCGACUCGACACUGUCCACACUGGCGUCGGGCUGGAGUUUGUUCUCCACGAACGCCUCAAAGCUGGCCAGUACCGCCAAGGAUAAGGCCGUUACCACUGUCAAUUUGGCAUCAACGAAGAUGAAAGAAGGCACUUUGCUAGAAACCGUUCAGAGCGGUGUUACAGAUGUGGCCUUCAAGGUCACAGACAUCGGCAAGAGAGGCUGGAACAACUUGGCAGGCAGCAACAUGUCGUCGCCGCAGAGCGGCUACAACGACCCCAACUUUGAGGACAACGCCUAUCAGCAGCGAUCGAACUCGGUAGGCGGAAAUCUGGCCGGAGGCCUGGGCCAACAGAGCGGCGUGAGCGACAGCGACUGGGGUGGCUGGCAGGAGAAUGCCAAUAACAAGACGCAUCUGACCAGCUCCAGCUCGUAUCAUACCCAGCUAAGCAGCAACAGUGGCACCGCCUCCGCCGGCCUCACGCACGACGCCGACUGGUCCGGCUUCGAGGCCUCCAACUACCAGAGCGCGGAGACCUCCUACCAGAAUGCCCCAUCGGGUGGACAGAGUGCCCGCCGCAACAUGAAGCUGCAGGACACGUCGGUAAAGCUGAGCGAGGGCUUCGACAAUCUGGAUGUGAAAAAUGUGAAAUCGAAACCGGCCGCUCCUGCGGGCGACAAGGCGAACGCCGAGGAUGAUGCCUGGAACUUGCUAAUGAACUAGAGAGCUAUUGUCCCUAAAACCGAUCCAUGUACCCGAACCACAAUGUAUU